UCUCUCUCUCUCUCCCCUGGUGACCGGCGACCGCGAGCUCCUCCCCGGUGACUUCCUCACGCCUGCGCCCCACCGCCUCUCCAUGCCCGCGCCGAGCUCCUUGCCGCCCCCAUCCGCGCCGGCCAUGGCGGAUCCGUCGAAGAUUGGGGACUGUUGCCCCAACCCUACGCCAGGUGUUCAUCGAUCCCUUGGCCGUUCGCCGGCGACGAGCACCCACCAGAUCUGCGCCGUAUUUGCAGUGGUGGCCAGGAGGUUGGGGCGGCAUGGAUCUGCUCGCGGGACCAUCCAGCCCGUGGUGGCCGGCCUACCUCGCGGCCGCAAUCGAAGGUGCCACGGCGGUAGCGGAGGAGGUGGGCUCUCGAUCGCUGAGAUGGAGGAGUGCAAGGAUGUCAAAAUCCUCGCCGUGGACAUCUAGUUCCCUCCCACAUGUGUCUAGUAGGUGACACCCUCGUCCCCCACUUUCGAUUAGAUAUGUUCCCCACCAUGUUGUCUCAUGUGAUGUGGUAGUGCUC